AUGAGGAGCAGUGACGAUGACAGACCCGACCGUGUUGCGCGCAGAGAACAGAAAGAUGUCUUUGCCGAUACGAAUGAUUUGCACGCAUUUUUAUACGGUGUCAAGGAGUCUUCUGCUCUGAAGAGAGUCACCAUCACACCCGUGAUCCGCACUUUCCCUAAGGAUUUAAUUAUGCAUUCCAUUCCAUGGGGAUCGCGCUUGCAAAUAAUCCCGCAACUCCAUAUGAGUGGAACCAAUACUCUGAGCUCAGAUAACGGCACCGGGGCUUCCGCACUGCCCACGAUGCGCGUGCUGUCCCGCGAACCAAAUUGA